AUGGCGGGGCGGCGGUCAGCUGGGUCAUCUAGCAGUCAGCUGGGUCAUCAGCCAGUCAGCUGGGGCAUCAAGCAGUCAGCUGGACCAUCAAGCAGUCAGCUGGACCAUCAACCAGUCAGCUGGACCAUCAAGCAGUCAGCUGGACCAUCAAGCAGUCAGCUGGGGCAUCAAGCAGUCAGCUGGACCAUCAACCAGUCAGCUAGACCAUCAAGCAGUCAGCUGGACCAUCAACCAGUCAGCUGGACCAUCAAGCAGUCAGCUGGACCAUCAAGCAGUCAGCUGGACCAUCAACCAGUCAGCUGGACCAUCAACCAGUCAGCUGGACCAUCAAGCAGUCAGCUGGACCAUCAAGCAGUCAGCUGGACCAUCAACCAGUCAGCUGGACCAUCAACCAGUCAGCUGGACCAUCAAGCAGUCAGCUGGACCAUCAGCAGUCAGCUGGGGCCAUCAACCAGUCAGCUGGACCAUCAAGCAGUCAGCUGGACCAUCAAGCAGUCAGCUGGACCAUCAACCAGUCAGCUGGACCAUCAAGCCAGUCAGCUGGACCAUCAAGCUGUCAGCUGGACCAUCAGUCAGCUGGGGCAUCAACCAGUCAGCUGGACCAUCAACCAGUCAGCUGGACCAUCAAGCAGUCACCUAGACCAUCAACCAGUCAGCUGGACCAUCAAGCAGUCAGCUGGGGCAUCAAGCAGUCAGCUGGACCAUCAAGCAGUCAGCUGGGGCAUCAACCAGUCAGCUGGGGCAUCAACCAGUCAGCUGGACCAUCAAGCAGUCAGCUGGGGGCAUCAAGCAGUCAGCUGGACCAUCAAGCAGUCAGCUGGACCAUCAAGCAGUCACCUAGACCAUCAACCAGUCAGCUGGACCAUCAAGCAGUCAGCUGGGGCAUCAACCAGUCAGCUGGGGCAUCAACCAGUCAGCUGGACCAUCAAGCAGUCAGCUAGACCAUCAACCAGUCAGCUGGACCAUCAAGCAGUCAGCUGGACCAUCAAGCAGUCAGCUGGACCAUCAACCAGUCAGCUGGACCAUCAAGCAGUCAGCUGGACCAUCAAGCAGUCAGCUGGACCAUCAACCAGUCAGCUGGACCAUCAAGCAGUCAGCUGGGGCAUCAAGCAGUCAGCUAGACCAUCAAGCAGUCAGCUGGACCAUCAACCAGUCAGCUGGACCAUCAAGCAGUCAGCUGGACCAUCAACCAGUCAGCUGGACCAUCAAGCAGUCACCUAG